AACACACCUCGACUCGGGUACUCGAGUACCGGUACGGUACAUUCUCAUAUAAUAUCAUUAUGAUAUUUGCCUCUUGCCACACCCCAACCUCAAUCUCGCAAAAACAUAGGGCUAGACACAGACAUGGUAAUGUUGUGCAGUGGGAACAAACUCGCCUUGGUUCCCUUUAAAACAACCUACCCUCUGUUCCUCCGUUUCCUUGUAACAUCAUCCGGCGUCGUCCCAAGAAUUACCAAUCCCAUAUUUCCACCGCUAUGACUUCUAAACACUAUUCCAAUCUCGAUCUCAUCAAUUUGGUGGACAGUUUCCCAAACGUUGCUACACACCCUGUUUCCCAUGCGGAGCGCCUAGGGGAAUUGUCUAUCCUCGUUCACAAUACACACACCCUCGGCUAUAUCCUCCCAUCAGUUACAGCGGUGUUAAAGGACACCAAACUCUCGGGCACGCACUGGGGGUUUGCCGGGAAGGUUAUUACUCUGACUGGCGAAACCGUCGAAGAGCGCUCGGAGAAUAUCCGAAAGACCACCGAGGUAUGGGGAGAGAAUGGUAUUUUCGAUAUUCUGAAGGGAUGGAGGAAUGAGCUAUAUACUGUCUACAGCCCUAAGGGGCAUGAAUAUUUCAAGCUUGAGAGGAGUGCUUGUGCUUUGUUUGGGGUCGUUACCUAUGGAGCGAGUAUUCACGGGUCCAUCAUGUCUUGCUACUUGAUUGACAGUGCGUAGGUCCAUAUGACGGCAUAUACUACUUCCCCAUUGAAGAUAUGGGUGCCCCGCCGUAACCCAGAAAAACCUACCUAUGGCGGUCUCUUGGAUAAUACUGUUGCUGGGGGGAUCUCCUCGGGAAUGUCAGUUUUUGAAACUCUGGUGAAAGAGUCAGAAGAGGAGGCCUCUUUCCCAGAAAGUUUGAUUAGGGAGAAAGCAAAGGCCGCUGGGCAUGUGUCCUAUUUCUACCAGAGAAUGAAGACUGCUGGAGGCGAGGAGGGACUUUUCCAACCCGAGGUGCAGUAUGUCUACGACUUGGAAGUUGGGAAUGAUGUGAUCCCAAAACCGUGCGAUGACGAGGUGCAAGAUUUCCACUUGAUGGACGUGGAACAGGUCUGAAAGGCAAUGUCUUUCGUGAGAGGGAGGUGCCACUGACUCUGGAGCAGGUAAAAGCUGAAUUGGCAAAAGGAAGUUUUAAGCCCAAUUGCAAUUUAGGUAUGAACUCAACCCUGGCUAAAUUAGACACCUAGACUAAAAGUAUUUAUAGUGCUUCUGGUAGGAAUAUGGGAAAAUUCGUCCUCACGGCAGUCACGAAGCUAACGAUAUCAGGACUUCUUCAUCCGUCAUGGGAUCAUUACCCCGGAAAACGAACCGGACUACAUUGAAAUCGGCUCCCGUCUACAUAGAAUUUUAG